AUGUCCAUGCGUAGAGCCAUGGCAUGUUACAGAGCUCAGGCCAGGGCUGAGACAACAAAACGUCUUAUCGCACAACUAGUCAACGAAGGACUGGUCGACACAGAAUUGUCGACAUGGUCUUUAUCUGCUGAAAAAUCACAUCUUCGCAUUACAAAUAAAGGCGAUGCUGUGCGGUCGAUACAAGUCACUGUGAUCGACCGCUUCGAGUCCCGGUCCCAGUGGAGGCCGAAUGACUUUGAAGUUCCUAUAGUCCUCAAACUCUGUACAAUUGAGACGAAAGAAGAUGAUCCAGGUUCUGUCUGGGAAUUUAUUCAGUCCUGGCUCGAUUGCGAUUGCGCAACGAGCAAAGAAAUCGCGGGCGAGCUGCGCAACUCAGCGGCCAUGUUAGAAAAAUGGAUGGAAAUCGCCACCACACAGCCACUGCUGGACUUGAAAGCUGGAUUUCUUUCCUGGGAGAGGUCUCUUAUUUCCGGCCACCCAACUCAUCCGGCAUGUGUCCUGUCGCAGCAUUUUCACCGCACAUGUUAUGCUCAUGAGAUUUUGAGUCCUGUUGGACCCGACGAACUGCCGGCGAUGCUCAACCCGGGUCUCUCUUUUGUGGCCUUGCCCCGUUCCUCCGUCUGCGUGUUUGGACCUUUUGAAAAACUCACUCAGCCUCUGCGGCAGCUAUUCGGUGGAAUCGAACUUAGUGCCUCAGACGGAAAAGAAAAGAUAAUAGUACCGUGUCUUCUACAACAGCUCCCUGCAGUGACAAAGUUCUUCCCAAACGCCGAGGUCGUCAAAUCCAUUCCAAACUGUGGCCUGGCCCAGGCGGCAAUACGCACAAUCACAGUGCCAGGCUUCCAAUUUGACAUCAAGUUCUCACUCGCCUGCCUGCUAACAUCGGCAAUCCGGGCCCUUCCAUGCUGGGCUGCAGCUAUCGCGCCCGCCGUGACAGAUAUCCUGAAAAAGGUUUUCCCCGAGGAUCUAUGGGUAUUUGGAGAAGUUGCCGCCGUGACUGGAAACCAAGAGAAGGUCGCCGAGGCCCGUCAUCUGACCUGUAUUCUCCGGGAGAAUCUCGAGUCCAGAGCGGAAGAAAAUAACGAAACGCUGAUACUGGCGUCGGCCUUGAUGGAGAGACCGCUCGGCGGCCACCGCACAUAUGCAGAGAUUCUUUUUGAUUUGGAAACAGAAGAGGACAAAAUCAAGUGGGCUACUAGUUAUAUUCAACCCCUUCUACGCCUUGCGUUAGAUCCAUUGCAACGGUUCGGAAUCGGCUGCGAAUUCCACGCCCAAAACACAGUAGCCCGGAUUUGCCGCAAGACAAAAGCUGUCAAAGGCUUUGCUGUACGUGAUUUGGCGGGGAUUAAAAUCCACAAACCGACGCUCGAACGCCAAGGAAGCUUCGACUUGAGCAAUAUCGGUCCGCUGUGCUCUGAUGAUCUCCACAAAGUUUGGGACAGGGUGCACCAUGCCCUUAUUCAGAACAAUAUAGGAUAUAUGCUAUAUGCUUUGGACUUGGAGAAAACAGACAAGGUGUGGGCGGUUGUCCGGUCUGUGCUGUAUGAUUUACUUGCAGACGGUGAUCACAUGGCACAGGACAUGUAUCGUUAUUUUGUCCAAGACACAAUGCCAUUCAAAUGUUUCCUAAACAUGAGAAUGAGCGUCUCGUUUGGAAAUUCGAUCGCAUUACGUGAGAAGAACGUGCCAAACGUUCUAUCCAAAAGGCCUCGCUGGCUCACUCAGUUAUCUCUGGCUGCUGCCAAGGGCACUGCAAACAUAAUGAUGCCACAAGACGUCGAACGCGAGAUGCGAGCCAUAGAUAAAGAGGCAAUAACAGCAAACCUCACCAAUUGUGUCCGUCCGUACGGAACUAUCCCUGACACCUCGCGAACACUCAACCCGUAUCCGGCCCUACUUCCCCAGCAAUUCAUCACAGACCUAGAAAGAUUCAACGAGGUGCUAGCUCUCGCUUAUAAUAAUAUCAUUCUGCGGUGGUGGAAAGACACCGAGGCGAAAUUUUCCAGUCGAAUGCCACUGGACCCUCAGGCUGAGGCUUUGCUCCGCUGGGUAGAAAAGAUGACUGACGAAGGGACCAUGCGGUCCUUUGUGGGCAAUCAGGGGAAUCUGAGACCUGAUAUAUUGAUUCCAAUCAGUGCCGCCGGGAAUGAGACUCUCGGGUUUCGAGUGUGUGAGAUCAAUGCGCGCUUCCCAAUAAACUUCCUCCACUGGGUGGCGAGUGCAUACGAAGCAUUAGUAGGGUGUACAAGGCACAUUGAAUCCGUCAAACCAGCGUCAAAUCACACUCGAUUAUUGGACAGUUUACUGGCGCUAUUUAAUCCCAAGCUUCCCAUCCACUUCGUUCGAGAUAAGGCAGGCAUGUCCCAAGACGGGUCUCUCUUCGGCUGGCUAGAGUCUCAGACCGGAAUAAGGCCGAGGAUAGUGAGCCCUAGCGAUCUCCGACUUGUGCCAGAUGCCACUACGAAGACUGGCUUCAUGCUCUGCUGCGUCUGGGGCGCCGAUCCCGUAGUCAGAAACGCAGUUGAAAGAGGCAAACCCGCACCAAAGCUGAUACAAGUGAACGGAGAACUGGUCGAGCAAGUGCACCAAAUCGGCCUCCAACUAUUCGACUACGAACUCUUCGCGCUCCCCACGGAGAUGGCGCAGCACAUAGCCCUCUGCUGCCGCAACGACCUCCGCAGCGUGUUUAUCGCGCACGACAAGCGAUUUCUCGGCAUAAUCCUGCAAGAGCUGUAUGCCCUCGUGCACACACACCGCGUGCUCAGCCCAGCACAGGCUCAGCUGCUUCGAGAAGGUAUUGUCCCGACAAUCCUGCCCGGCUCGCCCGAGUUUCAGGAGCUGGCCAGCCAGGCGCGCAGGAACCCCGAGACGAAGAACCGGUACAUCCUUAAGCCAAUCCGCGAGGCGCGCGGAGCGGGGAUUCUACUGGGCAGGGAUAUUUCCGCGACUCAGUGGGAUGCGAUUUUUACAUCGAUGGAGAGCAGCUCUAGCGGGAGUUAUUCUGCUGGCGAAACAACGUAUAUCCUACAGCCGCUGAUCAAGCUGCAGUCCUUUGACUGCUUCUGGGACGAGGAGCGCAGGGUCCGCAAGAGCCGUACGGUGGGCACGUACUACUCGGUGAAUGGGAGGUUUGUGGGUUUUGGAAUGUGGAGGACGGGGUCUGCGGCUGAGAAUGUGAUAUCUGCGUCGACCAAGGAUGUUACUACUGUGUUAUCGGCUGUGUUGGACUGA